CUGUUUGUUUGUUUUUCAGCGACCUGAAUGGAAACAACCUGACGGUCAUCACCAAGGCGGACUUCUCUGGCCUCAAACACCUCAGAGUCCUCCAUCUGAUGGAGAACCAGAUCAGUAACGUGGAGAGAGGAGCCUUUGAUGAGCUGAAGGAGCUGGAGAGACUUCGCCUCAACAAGAACCAUCUCGGCCAACUUCCAGAGCUGCUGUUUCAGAAGAAUGAAGGCCUGUCCCGACUGGACCUGAGUGAAAACAGCAUCCAGGCAAUCCCAAGGAGGGCCUUCAGAGGAGCCACGGGCCUCAAAAACCUGCAGCUGGAUAAAAACCACAUCAGCUGUAUCGAGGAGGGGGCGUUCAGAGCGCUGCGAUCCCUGGAAGUACUCACGCUGAACAACAACAACGUCAGCAGCAUCCCGGUCUCCAGUUUCAACCACAUGCCGAAGCUCCGCACCUUCCGGCUCCACUCUAACGCUCUGCGUUGCGACUGUCACCUGGCCUGGUUGUCUCCGUGGCUGCGGCAGCGGGCGGCUUUGGGCCUCUACACCCAGUGCAGCUCUCCUCCCUCGCUGAGGGGCCUCAACCUCGCCGAGCUGCGCAAGAGCGACUUCGCCUGCUCAGGUAACGGUGGCAGUGCCUUCGUUCAGCCAUGCAGCCUGGCGUCCGGCUCCUGUCCUCCCAUGUGCUCCUGCAGCAACAACAUCGUGGACUGUCGGGGGAGGGGCCUCACCGCCAUCCCCGCCCACCUGCCCGAGGCCAUGACUGAGAUUCGCUUGGAGCAGAAUGGCAUCAAGUCGGUUCCUCCGGGCGCCUUCACCUCCUACAAGAAGCUUCGUCGAAUAGACCUGAGUAACAACCAGAUAUCUGAGAUCGCUCCCGAUGCUUUCCACGGCCUCCGAGCUCUCAACUCACUGGUUCUGUACGGUAACAAGAUCACUGAGCUGCCCAGCGGAGUGUUUGAUGGCCUGGCCUCUCUGGAGCUGCUGUUGCUGAAUGCCAAUAAGAUCCACUGCAUCAGAGCCUCCGUGUUCAAAGAUCUGGAGAACUUGGCUCUGCUGUCGCUUUAUGACAACAAAAUCCAGAGUCUAGCGAAAGGCACCUUCAGCUCGCUGCACAGCAUCCAGACGCUCCACUUGGCCCAGAACCCCUUCGUGUGUGACUGUAAUGUGAAGUGGCUGGCCGACUUCCUCCGUUCGAACCCCAUAGAGACCAGCGGAGCGCGCUGCGCCAGCCCUCGACGCCUCGCCAACAAGCGCAUUGCACAGAUCAAGAGCAGCAAGUUCCGCUGCUCCGCCAAGGAGCAGUACCACAUCCCAGGUACUGAAGACCGGCGCCUGAGCUACGAGUGCAACAGUAAGCCGGUGUGUCCCGCUAAGUGUCGCUGUGAGGCCAACGUGGUCGACUGCUCCAACCUGCGCCUCACCAAGUUCCCCGAACACCUGCCCUCCUCCACCGAAGAGCUGCGUCUCAACAACAACGACCUCUCCGUGCUGGAGGCCACCGGAGCCUUCAAGGGCCUGUCGCAGCUCAAGAAGAUGCAGAUUGUUGUGUGUUGUUUCUCCUCCUGCAGGAUCCUCAGCUACAACUCUCUACGCUGCAUCCCUCCUCUGGCGCUGGGUGGCCUUCGAUCUCUGAGGCUGCUCUCUCUCCACGGCAACGACAUCUCCGAGCUGCAGCGGGGCAUCUUCAGCGACGUGGUCUCCCUGUCUCACCUAGCGAUCGGAGCCAACCCCCUGUACUGUGACUGCCGUCUGCUCUGGCUGUCAGACUGGGUGAAGAGCGGCUACAAGGAGCCUGGCAUCGCCCGCUGUGCCGGGCCGCGCGGUAUGGAGGGCAAGCUGCUGCUCACCACUCCCGCCGACAGCUUCCAGUGUCAGGGUCCGGUAGAGGCGUCUGUUCAGGCCAAAUGCAGCCCAUGCGUGACCUCUCCCUGCAAGAACCAGGGUGUCUGUCAAGUCCACCACACAGAGCUGUACACCUGUACCUGCAAGUCCGGCUUCACGGGUAAACACUGUGAGACUCCAGUCGAUGCUUGUGUCAGUAAUCCCUGCACCAACGGAGGAAUCUGCAUCAGUGACGAGCAGACGAGAGGAUUCAGCUGCGCGUGUGCGUUUGGUUUCCACGGAACCUUCUGCGAGGUGAACGUGGACGACUGUCAGGACCACGGGUGUGAGAACGGCGCCACCUGUGUGGACGACGUGGGCAACUACACCUGCUUGUGUCCUCCGAACUACACAGGUCUGCUUUGUGAGGAAGAGGAGGGUGUGUGCUCUCCAGGUAGAAACCCCUGUCAGCAUCAGUCCACCUGCAUCAGCACCCCUAUCGGCCCCAGAUGUGUGUGUAUUCCAGGCUGGGUGGGGCCAGACUGCAGUAUAAACUACAAUGAAUGCGUGGAUCAUCGCUGUCAGAACAGAGCUCAGUGUGUCGACCAUCUGGACGGCUACAGCUGCGUCUGUCCGCAGGGAUACAGUGGCGAGUUGUGUGAGGCGGCCCUUCCUGCCCCGUCCCUCUGCCAGCUGACUCCGUGUCAGCACGACGCCCCCUGCGUGGAGAAGGAGGGGACGGCGGGCUGCCAGUGUCUGCCCGGCUUCGAGGGUCAGAGCUGCGAGAAGCUGGUCAGCGUCAACUUCGUCGACAGGGAUUCUUACGUUCAGCUCCAAGACGUCAAGAACUGGCCUCAAGCCAACAUCACUCUGCAGGUGUCAACAGCAGAGGACAACGGCAUCUUGCUCUAUAACGGAGACAACGAGCCAAUCGCUGUGGAGCUCCAUCGGGGUCAUGUCAGGGUUACAUAUGACCCCGGUAACCAGCCAGCCACCGCUAUCUACAGCACAGAGACGGUGAACGACGGGCAGUUUCACACCGUAGAGCUGGUGACCUUCAAUCGGAUGGUGAACCUGUCUGUGGACGGAGGAGAGCCGACGUCCUUGGACAGUCGGGGCCGCAGCCAGCCGGUGACGGGGGACGCGCCGCUGUACGUCGGAGGUAUGCCCGAGGCGGCGAUGGAUGCCUCUCUGGGUUUCUCCUCUCAGACCCUCAACGUGUCCAGUUUCCACGGCUGCAUCAGGAACCUCUACAUCAACCACGAGCUGCAGGACUUCACCCGCGGACACAUGAAGCCGGGCGUGGUGCCGGGCUGCCAGGCCUGCCGCAAACUCUACUGCCUGCACGGCAUCUGUCAGCCCAACGCUGCUCAGGGUCCCCAGUGUCACUGCCAGUCAGGUUGGACGGGACAACACUGUGACCAGCCGGUAACAGCCGGCCUGACUGGAGCGGAUGCUGUCACAUCGGCAACCGGCGUCAACCCAUGCGACGACAGCAAGUGUGCGAAGGGCGCAUGCGUGGCGCUGGAUGCGCAGACGUACCGCUGCGACUGCGAGGAGGGAUACCGCGGCGCGCUGUGCAACCUGCAGGGGGAGCCGGCGGGCUCGUGCCGGGGGGUCCGGUGUCUGCACGGUCAGUGUCAGGAGACGGACGGCGGAGAGCGCUGCGUCUGUGAGCAGGGAUUCACCGGAGAGAGCUGCGACAUCGAGUCCCCGUGUCGAGGUGAGCCGGUGAGAGACUACCACCGCCUGCAGCACGGGACCGUCCUCUGCCAGACGUCCAAGCCUUUCUCCUGGGUCGAAUGUCGGGGUCGGUGCCAGGCGGGAGUCGAGCCGGACGCCGCCGCCGCCGCCGUCGCUUCCUGCUGCGCGCCUCUGAGGGUCCGACGCCGGCGGCUCACCUUCGAAUGCGACGACGGGACCUCGUUCACGCAGGACGUGGAGAAGCCGGUGGAAUGUGGCUGCAAGGAGUGUGUGUAGUGCUGUACACGUACACACACAAACACACACACACACACACACACGCGCACACACACAUCAAGCUAAAGAGGUACACACACUGUAGGGAUUCGCUCACUGAUAAACGGACAUUUUAAUGUUUGUUUUUGUAUGUUUUUCGCGCGGAGACGCAGUUUUGUAACAUAAGACAGUUCUUCCCUCUCGAAACAUGAAGUCAACGAAGCCGACCUCAUCGUCAUCUUCCUCCUUCUUCACCUGCUGCAGGAGACCCUGCGCGCUAACUACCUAACUCCGGCUCAUAUUCAAUCGCUCGCGUGUGUCGAAAAGCCUCCGUUUGCCUUCUCGUGUACGUGUUUCUGGUGCGUGGCUGGUUAAGUGCUGCUCUCCACUCCCUCACAUACGUCGUAUGUCGUAGUAACAUUUAGUUUAGUGUGAAACCGAUCGUCACCAACACCAACAGGGCCGCUGGCUAGCUAGCUAGCUAACUUAGCGAUGUUCAACACAUUAAUGUAAGGUUAUCUUACCGGAUGAGUUACAGCGACGCUUUUUCAAUCAGCCGGGAAAAGACAGAACGAUGUUAGUGUGAGUUCAUCCUGGUACGAAACACACGGGCAUCGUAGCUUCAGAGAGAAACGUCACUUUUGUGUGUAACGAGGUAUUUUCACUUUCUUAUACUUCAACAGUUUUAUGACAUAAUUAGACUUUCUUGACGUGCGGAAUUAUCUUUUAAAUUGACAAACAUCACAUGUGACGCAAUUCAAACGGGAUCAAAAAAUGAUUUGAGUCUCGUCGUUGACCAGCGUACAUAUUUUUCAGGUCCGAUGGUGUUCCGGCUGAAGGAGGCGUGGUUUCGUCUCUGUGGGGUUUCACACAUUAUUAAUAUAAAGCUUAGUUUAUAUUCGCCGUAGCGAAGCCGGCCUUGAAAAUGACUUAAUCUGAGCUUUAGAGAGACGUGACUGUAACAAAUACUUCACUGAUGAAAAAACUAUCAACAUGUCGGAGGAUUUUGCAAAGACGUCGUUCCAAUUCGUCGUUAGACUCUUUAGCAACAGGAGGUCUUAAAAAUCUACAUUUGAAUAAUUCAUUUGCAGCCAAAUCAAAUAUUUUACAGGAUAUUAAACCGUUGUUUCUUCGUAACGCGUUAAAUACUCGACUUGUUUCUUAACAGGGCUCCAACAAAGACAAUAGUGUAGUCCGUGAGUGUGAGGUAUGAGUUUACCGAUGAUUACAACCUUUGCUGACAGUAGAAAUCGUUAAAUUGUAAAAUAAGCUCAGGUGAUUGAGGUUAAGUCAUAAUUUGAAUAUAAACAAUAAGGUCAGCCAUCAGCAUGAGCAGCCGGAAGGUCAAAAGGUCACCGGGUUCACUCGGGGGCAGCUGAGGGGGUCACAACACGUCACAGAGCUGCUCACCAGAAGCCCUUUACUGGCGGGGGGAGUGUGUGUGUGUGUGUGUGUGUGGGUGCGUGCUUUACUCUUCUAUUUUUGUGAGGACCGGUGUUUGUAGACCUUGAGAAUGAGAUUUUUCACUUCUUCAAAGGUCUGUUUCAAGUUUAAACUUGUUUUUUAGAGUUGACUAUGUUCGAACGUCAAAGUUAUAUCAGAAUCUCAAUACUGGCAUUGAAUGACUUGUCAGAUUCCUAAUUUUACUUUUAUUACUGAUACAAUACAAUUUUCUCAGAGUAAAGUGUUGUGAUAUGCAUCAGAUAUUAAAAGAUUUAAAAUAAUACAGCCUGGGAUGAGCCACGUAUAGCUGCGAUGGUUCGGGGCCAAGCAACACAUUAUGUGAAUUAGGGUCCUCACAAGUAUAGAAGUUCAGUGUUGUGUGUGUGUAGGUGUGUGUGUGUGUGUGUGUCACCAUAAGACGCUUCCAACAACAGGACGCUGUCCCCGAUAAUGAGCUUCAUUAUACGACGAUGCGGCGUGUUUGUUCAGAUCAAACGCUCCGUCUCCGACUCCGUCAGCAGAGCCAGUGAACGCAUCGCAGAAAAUGUAGCUUUUAUAUAUGAUGACAUGUUAUUUAUAUGGAUGUGAAACUAAAAAAUAAAAACGCGUGAUAUUUCGUUUUAACAUGUUUUAAUUGUUUUUUUAAACCUUUUUUGAGUUAAAUUUUCCACAAAAGUCGACGAGUUGUGUCAUGAAUCAGAUUCAAACUAAUGUAGCUUUUAUUGUUAUUAUGAAUACAUCUACACACAGUAACAGCCUAACAGAUUGUAAUAUAUAUUAUAAGCUUAUAAUGCGUUUGAUUUUGUCAUAGUAUUUUUAUAUGUUGAAGAGGAUGUUGUCACUGAAUCGUCUGUAGACUGUAGAGAAAUCUGUUUUCAGUUGCAAAAAAAAAAAAAGAAGUUUCCAAACCAACCUCGCGUCAUCGAUGGGACUUUUCACAAAACAAAAAAAAGAGAGAAAAAAUGUCAGAUCGUGUUUGGGUUCAUGUUGUCUCACCUGAAAGCAGACAACAAUUAGUGCUUCUUUUUCCUAUUUAUUUAAAUAAAAGAGCUGUUUCUCCUUCA